AUUGUUGUUACUUGCCCAAUUUACUCAUCUCGCUUUCUUUCUUUGUUUGGACGUUUAUGACAAGGGAGAUCUGGGAAAGAACGAUUUUUGCUAGCAUCAUUAUACCUCUGCAUAAACCGUUUAAAACUGAUGGCAGAAAUAUACUAUUGGGAUUGGAGUAAUGAAGCAGUAUGUUCUUGGAUUGAGCAGUUGGGUUUUCCGUACAAAUCUAUUUUCCAAGAAAACUGCAUUUUGGGGAAAACUCUUGUCUUAAUUAAUUCAAAUGAUCUUCGCGAUAUGGGAGUUUUGAGUAUAGGUCAUCGAUUGGAUAUAUUAUCGGCUAUACACGAUUUGAAAGAAAGCCAUAAUGAACAAGCAAAAAAAGAAAAUAUGCGUUCUACGCAAGAAACAGAUAAUUGUGAGGAGACGAAUACUCAAGAACGAGUGAAGUUAUCGCUGUUGGCUUUAGAAAAGCGAAUCGACUACCUAGAAGCAGAAAACGCCAAGCUCGUGAAAACAAUCAAUUCAUUGAAUUCCGAGUUUCUUCCUCUUUUGAGAAAGCUUGCCUUGAAUUUUAAAGAAACGAAAUUUAUCAAUUCAGAUACAUGUUCCGAGAACAGCUCAAUCUUUCAACCUUCACAAUCUUCGCCAACUGUGGCAGGAAGUUUUGAUUUGGAGGUUAAUGAUCAAGCUCCUUUGAAUACUACCGAAAGCAAGAAGGUUCCUAAAAUGACUGUAAAUUCUUCCUACCAUGAAGUGUUAACGUCUACCUUACAAAAGUACCGCAUUGAUCCCAGCACAUGGCUAAGCUAUGAACUAUUACUGAGUUAUGACGGAAAAGAGCAUCCAAUUUCUACCGAUAUGAAACCUCUCCAGUACUUUAGAAGUCUGCAGAAGCAUGGCAAAUCGCCUUCCUUCAUACUUUCCCGAAAAGCAUAAUCAUUGAACUUUUUGUGUAAUUGUUGCCCUUUUUGUUUUUUCCGUUUUUGUGUAUUUUCUCUCUAGGAAAGAGAGUAUAGAAGAUGACUUCUAAUUUAUAAACAAGCAUAAAGAAAAAAAGUAGAAACCUCUUUUUAUUUUUUUUUAGAAUUACGACGACUUUACUAUUCAUAACUUCUCUAAACUUCACUUUAAUGCAGAUUUAAUUAACAGAGAAAAAUAAACAUUACUAUUU